UUUAUACAUGGGAGUCCAGCGCACUUGAUCCGUUCCGUUUCUUUUAAAGCGGCUGUGAAAAGGAUUUACAUAUUAACUUCCUUUUAUAACCCUAAAACAAGGGGUUUUACACCAGUUUUGUGACUGUUGUUGUUUUUACACAGGUUGUUCUUUAAAGUAAACCAAGUAAAACAUGGUCAGGGGGUGAGUCCGGCCGGAUUAUUGGGUUUGGUGACGCCUACAAUAAACGGACUGAGUCUAUUCCUGUGCUGUUGGUGUGAAAUGAUCGGGUGGGUUUUAUCCUGGAGGAUCCACAGAGACCAACAUGGAGCAAAUGUACAUGAUGCCCAACCCUGGGCUGCCAAGUUACCCUCCUGGGCUUGAGUACCUGACACAGAUCGAUCAGCUGCUGAUUAAACAGAAGGUGGAGCUGAUAGAGGCUCUGGUCGGCUUCGAGAGCAAUAACAAAUACGAGAUAAAGAAUUCGUUGGGCCAGAACGUGUUCUACGCAGUAGAGGAGAACGACUGUCUAACGCGGCAGUGCUGUGGCCCUCUGCGAUCCUUCACCAUCCGCAUCCUGGAUAACUUCGGCCAGGAAGUGAUUACAGUCAACCGACCGCUCAAGUGCAUGUCCUGCUUCUUCCCGUGCUGUCUGCAGGAGCUUGAGAUUCAGUCUCCACCAGGCAACAUCGUGGGUUAUGUGAUCCAAGAGUGGCAUCCUUUCCUUCCCAAGUUCACCAUCCAGAAUGAGCGCAAGGAGCCUGUGCUCAAGCUUCAGGGACCCUUCUGUGGCUGGAGCUGCCUUCCAGAUGUCGACUUUGAGAUUUUGACCAUGGAUGAAGUGAGCAUCGGGAGAAUCAGUAAACAGUGGUCAGGGCUCCUCCGGGAGGUUUUUACAGACACUGAUAACUUUGGAAUCCAGUUCCCGAUGGACCUCGACGUCCGGAUGAAAGCGGUGAUGAUUGGACUCUGCUUCCUCGUUGACUUCAUGUUUUUCGAGACAAACAACUAACUGCAAAGUGGGCAAAAGUAACAAAGAAGCAGAAUGAAAGAGAAUAAGAGUCUGUUCCAGGAAGAAGACUGGAAUGAAUGAAUUCAUCAAAUUGUGUUAUGUGCUAGCAGGUUUAUUGAUUUCACCAAUUACUGCUUACGUUCAACCAGGAUUAGGAGAAGUGCAAAAAAGGAAUAAUAAUAAGAUUCUCAUCAGUAGAUCGAAAGAUAAUUUUGAACUGAAAGAAAGGGAAAACAAGAAAAAAAAAAUGAAGGUUCUGUAGCUUUAUUGCAUUUGUGCUAAUUAACAAUUAGUAUGAAGAAAUUGUUAGCCUUGAUAAUGUGAAAUGUACUUGCCAACAAAUAAAAUUAAACAUGUGGGCUUGACUUUCCUAAUCAAAUUCUAGAUUAGCUUUUAGCGUAAACAAAUGAACUUAACAAAUUUAUUUGGAGGUUGUGAGGUUUAAUACCGGUUUAAUCCCUAAUAGAAGAUGUCACAAAAGUCUCUAUUAACUGUCUCUCACUCACACAUGAAACGGCACAGCGUUAAUUAAACGUGACUGACACGAUCAGCGUUCCUUUAUCACUGCAGACAUUUUUACAGAUCAAGAAGAACCUACUGUCUAGUGUCUAAAAGAGAAAACAUGGAUUUAUUUAUUUAUUUAUUUUAUUCUUAGUGUCUGGAACUUUCAGACUCUACACCGAUCAGCCAUAACAUUAUGAGCAUCUGCCUAAAAUUGAGUAGAUUUAAGUUGAGUUUUGCCACCGGAACAGUGAUGCACUGUGUGUUCUGACACCGUCCAAUAACAACCAUAUAUUAAAAACUAGUGAACCGUUUUUUCCUAAAAUUGACAUGUUGGAAGCAAAAAAGAAAAAAGGGCUAUCAUAAGGAUUUGAGUGACUUUGGACAAGGGCCAGAUUGUGAUGGCUAGAGGUCAGGGUCAGAGCAAGUCCAAAACUGUAGCUCUUGUGGGAUGUUCCCCGUCUGUAGUGAUCAGGACAGACCAAAAGUUUGCUGUUACGGUAGCAAAAGAGGGGACCUGCUUAAUAAUACGCGGGUGGUCAUAAUGUUAUGGCUGAUCUAUACAUAAAAAUUCACAGAACAGUAGAACGGAUUUUUAUUUAGCAAACAUAAAUUCAUUUGAGAACUUUUUUCCCCUGACCCACUUCUCAAACAGAAUCUUAGCCUUAAGAUCUUAACUAGAGUUUCUCUGAAACAUUACGGGAAUUGGAUAACACCCUAUCCUUGCUUAUGCGCGAUGAUGCUUUUGAGCUAACACUACUAACACACCGCUUGGCUCAGCCUGAAGUACCUGUAGAUAUUUGACACCUGUAAGCGUGCAUUGUAAAGUGUAGUGACGUCGUUGUACAAAACAUGCAAAUACAACACUAAAACUGAACUUAUACCGGAUGACUCUGCAACAUAAUUCAUCCAGGUUUGCUCUUAUGUUGACAGGAUUUGACAAAACUACAGUACAUGACUGCUUUUAUUCUUUAUUGUACCACAGCACUGUUGAUUCAGUUUCUGUAACAGCAGCUCUGACAUUAGGACCAGCUGCAAGAUUCCUUUCAGCAAACGAUCAUUUUUUUUUUUUUAUCCGUUUAACUUCAGAAGAGAGAAAAAAAAACUGAGGCUGGUGAGAGAGCUUGCAGUAAAAUAAUUGAAAAUCUUAAAUGUGAAAAGUAUUGCAUUUCAUUCUUUGUUACAAAUUGUAAUUAUUUGCAAAUUGCUGUGGUAUGAGGGGAAUAAAACACUUCCCAAUAACUAAAGUUAUUGAGAGAGCAACAACAUUACAACUUCGGAUAAUGUACAGUCAGGUCCAUAAGUAUCUGGACAAGGACACACUUUUUAAAAAUUUGCCUUUAGUGGAUUUGAAAUGUCCAGCAGUCAAGAUGUAUGUUGGAAAGCGUACAUUUUCAGCUUUAAUUCAUAGAGCUAUUUUUUUUUUUAUAGUUGCAUAGUUUUUUGCAUUUUUAGAUCCUCGAAAAUAAUUGGACGAAAAACCAAACAAAACAUAAUUAUAAUUUUACAUCAUUGGGAAGCCAUUAUACCUCCAAGAUAUAUUUAACAUUUGCUAUUGUGUUGAUGUUAUAUUUAUUUAUUUUGUGUCAGUGUGGAUUAGUAUUUAAUCAUAUUUUCAAUAUUUUAACAUUUAACAUCAAGCUCUUUUGAUAAUUUGUAUGAUAGUACCAGCCAUUUGCAGUAGAGGGCAACAACAGCCUGUUUAACAUGUGCAUCAACUACCUUUACACUUUACCAUUUUCCUUUUUCUAAUGCAAAUGUACACUUUUUUUUUUUUUUUUAACUCAGGUACACAUGCAUGCAACUUAUGCUUGCACUUUAAAUAUCUCCCUGUUUGUCUGUGAAGCUGUAGUUCAAUAAAUGCUUGUUGUGCUUGUUGAUUCUGAUUGUAGUCUACACACUACCUUGUUCUGCAGGUUUUUAUUAAAGAAAUGAUUUAUUUUCAA